GAGGGAGGCGGGGCGGGGCACGGAGUCCUAGUGCUGCCUGGCUCAGCCCAGUCCUCUCAGCCUCCGGGGCCCAGGCGGAUCUCGCGGUUCCGAACAGCGAAGGUCCCAGAAGCUGGGGUUUCCCCUCAGCCCUUGAGUGGCCAUGUCCAAUCCCACUGCCCCGCCUCCCUAUGAGGACCGCAACCCCCUGUACCCUGGCCCUCCACCUCCUGGGGGCUACGGGCAGCCAUCUGUCCUGCCAGGUGGAUACCCUGCCUACCCCGCCUACCCCCAACCUGGUUACGGUCACCCUGCUGGCUACCCACAGCCGAUGCCUCCCAUCCAUCCAAUGCCCAUGAACUAUGGCCAUGACUACGGUGGGGAGGAGAGAGCAGCAAGCGACAACUUUGGCCAUGGAGAAUGGGAUGACCGGAAAGUCCGACAUAACUUCAUCCGAAAGGUCUACUCCAUCAUUUCCGUUCAGCUGCUCAUCACGGUGGCCAUCAUUGCUAUCUUCACCUUUGUGGAACCGGUCAGUGCAUUCGUGAGGAGGAAUGUGGCUGUGUACUACGUGUCCUAUGCUGUCUUCAUCGUCACCUACCUGACCCUUGCCUGCUGCCAGGGACCCAGGCGCCGGUUCCCAUGGAACAUCAUCCUGCUGACCCUAUUUACUCUGGCUUUGGGCUUUAUGACAGGCACCAUUUCCAGUAUGUACCAGACCAGAGCCGUCAUCAUAGCGAUGAUCAUCACUGCUGUGGUAUCCAUUUCUGUCACCAUCUUCUGCUUCCAGACUAAGGUGGACUUCACCUCGUGUACAGGCCUCUUCUGUGUCCUGGGGAUUGUGCUGAUGGUCACUGGGAUUGUCACUAGCAUCGUGCUGUCAUUCAAAUAUAUUUACUGGCUCCACAUGGUCUAUGCCGCUCUGGGGGCCAUCUGCUUCACUCUGUUCCUGGCUUACGAUACACAGCUGGUCCUGGGGAACCGGAAGCACACCAUCAGCCCAGAGGACUACAUCACAGGUGCCCUGCAGAUCUACACUGAUAUAGUCUACAUCUUCACUUUCGUGCUCCAGCUGGUGGGGAGUCGAGACUGAGAGCUAGCCCCUUCACUGGCCUGGGACUCACCCUUUCCUAUUGGGCUAGGCCCAGGUCCCUUCUCCCCUCAAGUAAUCUGCCCAGUUUCCUCUCUGUCCUGGGGAUGGGAGGGCCUCUGGCUGUAUUAUGUGAGAACCAAGGGUUCUGGAGUUACUGCAACUCUUGUCCUUGGUGGACUUAGUAAGGACCAGAUUGAAGUUGUAUCUCUUCCCCUGACCCACAAUGAGCAUACACCAAACUUUCAGUGUGUGGUGGGGAGAGUGGGAAGCCUGUGAACACAGGAGCUUCAAGGUGAAGAGGCUCACAUCCCACCUUGGCCACAGGUUCUAGGCUAGGGAGCUGGAGCUGUUCCCCUCCUGGAUCCAAUAAAGCCAGAUGCUUUGCUCCCAGCUCCAUUACUCAUGGGCCACUUACUCUGUCUGAACUCUUUAGGCUUGGCGUCUCUUAGCUCUGGAAGCUAGGGGAGAUCUGUGCCCUGCAGUUUCCCUGCUCCAACCCCAUCCUCCAGUAACAUGUAUAGAUUAUUUAUCUGGGUUAGGGGAAGACAGUGAGCCAAGUUUAUUCAGUAUGGGGGCUGAGAACGGCAUCCACCUGGCUGGCACUCUGCUCAGAGACACUCAGAAGACGGUGGGAGGCGAAGGUCAGCAAGUGAGGUGCUUUGUAGGAUCCUGAGUGGCUGGGAGGAGUCUAGGAGAAGAGACGGGUGGGGACAUGGAAAGUGCCUUGGGUUCCUUCUCUGGUCUGAGAAACUAAAGCCCACUCUGGUGCCCUUCUAACACCAGCUCAGUCUGUUCUGAACUCCUGCUGGGAGGUUUUAGACUAGAACCCCCUCUCCAAGCCAGCUACCACUUUCUGUAGAAUCCAAGCGCCUCCAGCUGGUACUGACCACAGUGGAGACAGAAGCCAGUGAGCUUAUUAGGUGAGGUGGGAACCUUACUAGCCCAAGGACAUAAUGAGAGCUGUUGUGUCCAGUAUUUGAUUCUGAAUAUAUCCCAAAGGGACACAACUAGAAAUGUAAUAAAGUUUUGUGUUUGGCAUUGA